CGAGAAGGGGUCGGAAGCCCCUGUUCGGAGUGUCGGACAGGGGAUCUCGUGCCCGGAAACCCCCCUGAAUCUCGUGCUUCUGUGCCACCUCCCCCUUCAGAAUCUGACCCGAUCGGCCGGCCGCUAUGGCUAAAAACGAAGGUAUUCACUCGCUCGUUUCCCACUUACUAUAAGCAUUUAUGCACUUCGUAACUACCAAGUUACAUCUGCUGAGAAAAGGUUAGGGUUUUGAAGUCCUAGUAAUAAUCGGGUCGUUUUAGAAUUCCAUCGUUGUUUUUCCUCAUUUCAAAACCCUAGCUUUCAGAACGGUAAUCCUGAAGCAGAACAAGAGUUUGAAAACCAUGUCAUCGCCGAGCAAUUCGUUGACAAAAAGAAACAGACCCGUGCACUCUCCCGACGGACGGCGGAGGAGUGGUGGCGGGAUAAGGGAAACUGCCGUCGUCGACCCAUUCACCACAUUGCCCGACUCUUUGCUCAUUCACCUUCUCUCCUUCUUACCAAUCGGAGACGCCGUCAAAACCCAGGUUUUGUCCAAACGGUGGCAAUUCCUGUGGACUUACAUCACUUCCCUUGUUUUUCAUAUCCUUGAUCCUCCACACACAGGCGAUGAUGAGUUUGUUGCAUUCGUUGACAAAACCCUAGCUCUUUGCAACUGUUCUAAGCUCAAGAAACUGGCGAUUCGGUUUGUGUACGAGCCGGAGUACCCUUCCAGUUACAAUAUGUGGACUCAGUUCGCAAUAGGGAAGGGGGUGGAGGAGUUUCAACUUGUCUUCGAGGAUUCAUUGGGUGUUUUGCGUGAGGGUGAUAGUUACUUGUUACCACAACUUCUUUAUACUAACUCAUCGUUCAAGGCAUUGGAGCUUGCCCAAUGCAAUUUGAAGCCCCAAGGAGUCGUUUGCUGGAAUUCGCUGAAGAAAUUGUCGAUUGGGCGCGUGAAAUUGAGUGAAGAUGUGAUUCAGAAGAUAUUAACGGGUAGUCGUGUGUUGGAGAUUCUGGAGUUGUAUGACGUUUAUGGAUUCAAUCGUUUGCAUGUUAGUAAUGCAAGUGUGAAGAAAUUGAUAGUGAGAGACUUUUGGGAACAAGAAAAAGAAUAUCAAAUUUAUGGCGGACACCAUGCUUUGUUGGAAAUUUCAGCUCCCCAUCUUCACUCGUUGGAGAUUUUGGGUGUUUCAGUUCAUAAAAUGUUUCGUGUGGGGAAUGUAUCAUCUUUGGUUGAUGCUAUCCUCAGAUUUAAUGUGAUGAUUUAUUCAUAUGGCCCAGAUGAUUAUGAUUGGUACCCAACAAUGUUAAAAGAACUUCUCCAGAGCCUUGUUCAUGUGAAGAAGAUAACUUUAGGCAAUUGGGCUAUACAGGUACUAUGCAUAAUGGAAGGAAAAGGAUUGCGCUCUCCACUGUUGAAGUGUGAAUGCUUAACUCUUGAUACAGGUAUCACAAAAGCACUCCUCCCUGGUAUAGCACACAUGUUGCAAAGUUCACCUAAUCUGGAGACAUUGGUCGUGUCUGUGCCACUACCCAGUACCAUCAGUUGUGAGUACUUUUCGGACAAAGUUUGCAAUUUUGAUGGAAAGCACUAUUGGACAUCAAGAAAGAAGCCUUUCACUUGUUUGCUGUUUCGUCUCCAGAAAGUUAAGUUUAUCGGUUUUGGACAGCAUGAAGUUGACUACUACUUGUCUUUCGUACAAUUUAUAUUGGAGAAUGCAAGGGUGCUUCAAAAGAUGGUCAUCACUGCGAGAAUGGAAGGCAAUAACUGGCAAAAGGAAUUUACCCAAGCAGCUCAAAAGCUAUUAAGCUUUCCAAGAUCCUCUCCCCAUGCAGUAGUUUUGUUCUCUGAGUAAAAUGGGCUACUCAAGUUAUUCCAAUAUCAUGUAAUAUGUUCUUUCAUGUAUUGACUCUUUAUUUAUCUAUGAAAUUCUUUUUUUUAUGCCAAAAAAAGAAGAAGUAAUUCUAAUAUCUCAGUGAAGGUACUUUUUUCCUUUCGGGAUAAUACUAGAUGUGUUGUUAGUAUCGAUUAUGAAUAAUUUGUUCCAAUUUUAUCGAAUCUCCCCGAAGGGACGAAUAGUUUGUUCACUUGUUAUAUGUUAUUGUAUUGUUUUAUGUCAAGGGACAAGUGGUAGGACUAUGGUAGUAGAUUGUGUUUUUUCUUUUUG